AUGACUACUACUACUCUACUGUCUCCACUGUUCCUGCUGCCGCUGCUGCUGUUGUUAUCGUUGUUGGGUUUUGCAUUGCGCUUGUUGCCGUUCUUACCCUCUGUCUCAUCGCUGCUCAACUUACGCCAUGGCCCUUCGCGUGACGCGAUACAUACACGCACUCAUCUCGAACUCCGACGCACUCGCCGCACCCGCACCACGAACACUGCCAGCUACCCGCCUAGCGCACUCUCGCCGCCGAGAAGAAACACCUCGAUCCACGACUCGCCGUCCCCGCAUCACGACAUUCCCCGCACUACCGAUCGAUCGAUCGCCCGCCCGCCGAUAACGUUAAACUACCCGUCCCGCGCAUUACGAGGUUCGUGUCGAGUCGAGUCGAGACGAGUCGAGGAGAAGGCUUGGGGGCAGGGGGUCCCUGGCUCUGGGGUUGAGCGGCUUGUUAGAAUGCCCGUCGCGAUGCCCGUUGCUUUUUGGGUUGCGGAUUGA